CUCAGCUGGGCACCGUCGUUCAAGCCCGCGGAACGCCCCGCGGAACGCGCGGUGAACAUUUCCUUGAUGAGAUACAUAGACUGACGCCGAAUAGCUUUGGUAUAAAGUGAGAGACAGAGUCGCCGAAGAGUCGUUUACCAAACGUCUUGGAGAAUCACUCCUCGUCUCCGUCCAACCCAUACGGACCCGAAAUAGACACAAUGCGAGCCUCAUCCGCUUUCCUCGUCUCAACACUCGCCACGGUCAUAAUGGCAAAGGACUGCGCCUACUUCUGGACAUACCCGAGCGGCACGUGGGACAAGUGGGCAAUGGGCCGUCUCGACGAGGCCAUUGGCAUCUGCGCCGAGGAUAUUGGCGGCCGGGUGUACUACCUCGACCAAAAUGUGCAGAACGGCAACAACCCGGCGAACCGGUGUACUAUUUGCCGCGACGCGAGAAGCGGCACCAAGGACUACAAUAUUGAUAAUGACUACUUUCGGAUCCGGUGCGGCACGUAUGCAGAGGGAAGUUGUAAUGCCUGAGGGCUUGGAGAUCUUUCUGCCUGAAGUAUUUGGAAAGCAUUGCUAGGUUGCGAGCAUGGCAUAUGAACAUGGGAGAAGAGCUUGACGGUUGAUGGUGUGAGGCUCAAGUUAUAAUCGCAAAGAAUAACCAUAUAGCCGGGGCCAUCCGUGAGGCAUGGCAUGGAGGAGCAAUGUGCGCAUCUCAAUUACGAGAUACGAUUCUUUAUGUUAGUGUCACUACAAAUCAACUGUGUCCGAGAUGUAACGGGGAUUACGAGGGCGCUUUGAGAAGUCUCAG